AUGUCCGAACCGCUUUGGUUGCAAUUCACUGGUAACCAAACCAAACGGAAGCGCGCAGAGCUCGCCUGUGUGGCAUGUCAUAGCAAGAAGAUUAGAUGUGACCUGCAAGCGCGAGGGGUUCAAGGGUAUACUAACUGCACCAAAUGCGAAUCUGGCGGCAAAGAAUGCCGAACGAGGCCAUCAAAACGAGGUCGGCCCGCUGCAAGUGUGGCCCCAUUAACACCUCCGGUAACCGAGCCCAAUUCGACCAAUUCCUGUACUCAAGUAAACCGACAUAAUUCUAUUCCGGAUCAUCUUGCUGUCAAUCAACCAUCCUCUGGACCGCCUGGGGUCCGGCUAGGAAAUGAUGGCCGGUCGUUGGACUUCCCCAGAGAUCUGCUUCAGAGAUCUUCCAUCUCCCCGACACAUGUCAAACAAGCAGGAACUCAAAAUUCCGACAAUAUCGGAUGGUCGCUGAGAAAUGGCCCAUCCCCGGGUCAAGUGCCGCCUGACCCCCAGGGCAGGCCUAUGCAAGCCAUGACCAAUGAUUCUCCUGCCACUCAACGAACAGAAGACCACUCGGAGCAUAAUGAUAGCUACCCAAUUGGCCAUGUAUUUCUACCAGAGCUACAAACAAAUGCGCGAGCUCAGGAGCGGCUCAUUGCUGAAAGAAUGCCCGAGACCCUCUCACAAGAGCUUGCUCGAUCUCCACUACUGGUAAAUGCCCUGGCAGUGGUUGGUAGCCAUAUCAAACCACCCAUGAUUCCACAUGAUGGACCUGCUGGCUAUUACGAGCGAGCUCGCACCAGGUUCUACAACGAUGAAGAGGCAGAUGUCAUGACCUCACUAAAAGCUAUUUCUCUAUUUUAUUGGUGGAGUCCACGGCCUCCAACUAUUCUCCAUCGCCAUUCGUCAUGGUGGUGGACUUCGGUGGUUAUCCGACAUUGCCAACAACUAGGUGUACACCGGGAACCAGCUCAGAACCAUCCACUACGUCAACAGAUUGAUCUCAGUCUCCGGCGUCGAAUAUGGUGGACGGCGUUUGCGCGUGAGCGACUGACUGCGCUGUGUCAAAGCAAACCAUGUGUCAUUGACCCCGAAGACUGUACCCUGUCAGAACCCACAUUGGAAGAUUUCUCCGGGGAUACGGAUAAAACCAAAGCUGAAGUCUUUAUCUACUGGGUCCGUCUUUGCGCUAUCAUUGGCAAAAUUGCAAAAUACCUCGCUCGCUCCAGCGACGCUGGAUCUUCCGCAUUUCCGGCAUCUCUGGCCCGCGAUCUCAUCGGCUGGGUCCAGUCACUUCCUCCCCAUCUGCAACUGCCCAUUGGAUCAAAUCGCACAACCCGUUUCAAUAGAGAUGUUCAUCAACUACAUCUUCCAUAUCUGGCCGUCAUUAUAAUAAUCCACCUUCAGCGAUCGUCCCCAUCCCAGCCUCUUCCACAAGCAUAUCCACCAGCAAUACUGGCCGCGUCAUGCAUGGCUCGCAUAAUGCGGGACAUUCUAUCACGCGGGGGAACCCGAUUCCUCAUGGCUAUAACAGGGUGGUAUUGCGGUACGGCAUUCAUUGCGCUGCUACAAGCCCUUCGAAUCGAAGGACUAGCCAAGAGCGCCAAUGAAGAUCUAGAUAUUUUGACUCUAGCCGUGGACCAACUGCGUAUCAUGUGGCCCACUGCCGCAGUAUUCCACUCGGGAUUUGGCCGUCUGCGGCCUGGUGCUACAGCGCCGGACUUUGACUCGCAGCGAGCGCCUGGUCCGGAUCUUGGUAUGGGUGAUGGAACGGUGUAUAUGGAAAUGGCGGAUGGCAUUGAUUGGACUGCCUACUUCCCGUUUGCGACUACUGAAACUAGUGGCAUCGCUGGUAGACUGCUUGUUCCACAUACCGAGGAGCUUUUCUUUGAUGAUGAUGCCUUUGCUGAUGCUAUGCUUCAGUUCCAGGAUUUAUUUGAGCCUUGCGAUACCCUUGAGAUGAAUCUUUUUAUGUAA